CUGGUCGUGCAGCUGCUCAGGGAAUCUGCUCUGUGUUCGGCCGCAUCAUGAGACCCCGGGGACCCGCGGUGUUAGUACUUAUCCUCUUUAUCACGGGAAUUACCGGCAGCUAUGGGCAAACCGGAAAUGGAGCCCCGAGCGAGCUCUGCGGGUACACUUGGGAGGCGAUUGAUACAAAAGAACAUGUUCACUAUCGAAUUAAUGUGUGUGGCAAUCUGCCUGCAGAAUACUGUGGAGGCAGCCCGGCUGCUGUUUGUGCUCACAAUAUUGGCAAAAACACCUUUGAGAUAGUUGGCGAGUCACCUGCACAGGUUACAAAUAACCUCAUUGUGUUUAACACGACUCGACAAUGUUCACUCGCUUCUCAUCAUAUUCAGAGCAGCAUCAAUUUAAUCUGUGGGAAAACAUUGGGUACGCCUGAAUUUGUGACCUCUGAAGAAUGUGUGAUUUACUUUGAGUGGCGAACCUUCGUUGCCUGCAAGAAGGACAUAUUUAAACCAGCUAAAGAGGUGCCCUGCUAUACUUUUGAUGAAGACUUUAAGAAACAUGAUCUAAAUCCGUUGAUUAAGGUUUCUGGUGUAUAUCGUGUCGACGACUGGGACAGUGAUGCUGACCUGUAUAUAAAUAUUUGUCGAACAAUUGGUAUGUCAAAGGGGGAAACCUCCUCUUGUCCUGCUGGAAGUGCUGCCUGUCUCAUUAAGAAUGGAAAGGCUUAUGAUGUUGGCCGACCCAAGGAGGCGCUUAAAGCAAAUGUCAAAGACAGACUUAUUCUACAUUAUGUUACCGAAGACACUGAUUUAAGCAAACCAGAUUUUUGUAACGGCCACCAGCCUGCUGUAGCCAUAACGUUUAUCUGUCCUUCAGAUCGUACAGAGAAGACAGGCCCAAGGUUGACUGCAAACACCAACUGCCGCUAUGAGGUUGAAUGGAUAACAGAGUACGCGUGUCACCGAGAUUACCUGGAAAGCAAUAGCUGUACGCUUACAAGCACACUCCGCAAUAUUUCUAUUGACUUGUCCCCACUCAAACAGAAAGCAGGAGAUGUCUCUUCAUACUCUGCCAAAGAUUCGAGUGGUGAAUACAUGUAUUACCUGAACGUGUGUGGUGAGACAAAGGCUGGUGCUUGUGAAGGGGAUGGUGUUGCUUCCUGCCAAGUCAAAAGUAACAGCAAGAAGGCAGCAGGUUCAUACAAGAAUCAGACCCUCAGGUAUUCAGAUGGUGAUCUUACAUUGACAUAUCCUGGUGGGCAAGCAUGCAGCUCUGGUUUUCAGCGAAUGACAAUCAUUAACUUUGAAUGCAAUGAAACGGCAGUGAAUGAAGGAAAAGGUGUUCCAGAAUUUGUUGCAGAAGUUGACUGUACCUAUUUCUUCACUUGGGAGACCAAAUAUGCAUGUGUUAAAGAAAAAGAAGACCUUAUGUGCCAAGCCACAGACAACAAAAAACGAUAUGACCUUUCUGACUUAAUACGCAACCCAGAAUCUGUGACCGACAAAAACUGGGAAGCUGUUGCUGCAAGAAAAACCCACUUUUUCAUCAAUGUCUGUCACAAUGUGUUACAGCAAGGGGAUGCAGCUGGUUGUGAGGAAGAUGCAGCCAUAUGUGCCGUAGAUUCUAAAGGGAAGAAAAAUUUGGGGAAGUUUAUGUCUCCCCCUAAGAAGGUUGGUGAUCAUAUUCAGCUUGUAUACACAGAAGGGUCUUCCUGCGGACAAAACAAAACGAUUCAAACGAACAUCGUGCUUGUGUGUCGUCCAGGGGAUCUGGAGAGUCCUCCUGUUCUCAAGGACACAGAUCGAGACGGUUGUCUCUAUGAAUUUGAGUGGCAUACAGCUGCUGCUUGUGUUCUGUCCAAGGCAGAAGGAACUGAUUGCAGAGUUUUUGACUCUCAAGCAGGAUUUUCCUUUGACCUGUCACCUUUGACAAAAAAAAGUGGGAACUACAUUAUUAGCGCUGCAGACUAUGACUUUUAUAUCAAUGUGUGUGGCAGUGUAAUACAAGCACCUUGUGAAGACAACUCUGGGAUUUGCCAAAUUGCAAAAACUAAGGAUAAUCACUGGAACCUUGGUGUCGCAAAUUCGAAGCUAUCUUACUACGAUGGAAUUAUCCAGCUCAGCUACAAGGAUGGCACACCUUACAACGAUGAAAAGAAAACUCCUCGUUCUUCUCUCAUUACGUUCCUAUGUGACAGGCAGGCAGAUAUAGGGCAGCCUGAAUAUCAGACAGAAGAUAACCAGACAUACAACUUUAAAUGGUACACUAAAUAUGCCUGCCCUGAGAUACCUGUGGAAUGUGUUGUUGUGGAUGAACAUACAGAUGAGCAAUAUGACCUAUCUGGGUUAUCUAAGGCACUAGGAGAUCAUGAUGCAAACUGGUUUGCAAUGGACACCUCCACCACAAAGCACAAGAAAUAUUACGUCAAUGUGUGCCGAUCACUGCUCUCAGUGCCAGGUUGUGACCAUUUUUCCUCGGCCUGUCAGAUGGAGUACAAGACUGAAGGUGAUUCGUCCUAUGAGGUAGCAGCCAUUAGUAAUUUAGGGGUUGCAGAGAAAGGCCCCAUUAUUGAAAGCCGCGGCCGAAUACUUCUAGAGUACUCAAAUGGAUCUGAAUGUACCAAUGGACAAGGCGAAAAAACCUUUUAUUCAACAAGGAUACAUCUUAUUUGUGCAGAGAGAGCUAUUUCAAGCAGCCCAAAGUUCAUCUCUAAUCAGGAUUGUGUGGUCACAUUUGUAUGGGAAACAGAAGCUGCCUGCCCGGUUAUGUCGACAAAAACUGGGAAUCAAACAUGCUCUGUGGAGGACCCACACACUGGCUUUAUUUUCAACCUUCAACCACUGAAAAAUGAUUCAGGAUAUGUUGUUUCUGGAAAUGGGAAAACUUUUAAGCUUAAUAUCUGCGGCCCUGUAAAAGAGUGUGGUUCGGUCAAUGGCAAAGCCGCAGCUGGAUGUGAAUAUGAAAAAGAAGUAGCUACAAGACCAGUAAAAAUUGAUCAGUCUCUGGAGUUGUCUGCUGGAGGCCAGAUAACCCUUACAUAUCGUGGGGAACUUACAGCUUCAUCAGGGCAAUGGGACACAUACACUAUACAAUUUGUUUGCAGUGAGAACCUUUUCCCUGGUGAGCUUUCAUUCCGAAUGGAAGCGAUUAACAGUAACAAUUACGAUUCUUACUUUGAAUUCAAAACUGCCCUGGCCUGUCUUCCAAAACAAGUCAGCUGUGAAGUCACAGAUUCUGCUGGAAAUGAGUAUGACUUGAGUGACUUGGUUAAAGAUGGAGAACCAUGGGUGGCUAUUGACACUUCGGACAAAGCAAAUACAAGAGAUUUUUAUCUCAAUGUCUGUCAACGUAUACCGUAUGUCCGUGGAUGUCCAGGUGGUGAAAUCGGAUCAUGCAUGAAGACGGCAGAAAAUAAAUUUUUAAAUCUUGGAUAUAUCCAAAUGAGCCCACAAGCUUCUGUUGAUGGGUCUCUUAGUAUUGUUUACAUGAAUGGUGACAAAUGUACAGACAAACAGCGCUACUCUACCCGGAUCAUCUUUCAAUGUGAUCACAGCAUAGGUUCCCCUGUUUUCCAGCAACAAGAUGGUUGUGAGUAUGUCUUCUUUUGGCGGACUCCAGAGGCUUGUCCUGUUUCAAGGGCAGAGGGUGACAACUGCCAAGUAAGGCACCCGAAAUAUGGCCAUGUCUAUGACUUAAAGGCUCUUGGUGACAAAGACAUUGAAGUAAAAUCAAAUGAUUUCACUUACCAGUUUAGGGUCUGUGGUGGGAUUACUUCUUCUCCGUGCGUGGUCAAAGCCAAUGGAAUGGCUGUAUCUUCAUGUCAGGUUAAGGGCACUGAUGCCAAGAUAGCAGGUUUGGUGAACCAAAAGCUCACAUUUGAAAACGGACUUAUUUCAAUAAAUUAUACAGGGGGAGAUCGAUGUCACAAGAUAUAUAAUCGUUCAACUGCUAUCCUGUUCUAUUGUGAUGGCGAAAACAAACAGCCAGUGUUUUUGAAGGAAACACCAGACUGCACAUAUAUGUUUGAGUGGCGUACUCCCCAUGCAUGUCUGCCUUUCAAACCUGUUGACUGUUCAGUGAGGGACACAUCUGGAAAUUCUUACGACCUUUCAUCAUUAUCAAGAUAUAAUGAAAACUGGGAGGUGGAGCUUCCAUUAGGCUCGACCAAAAAGUACCGUUUGAAUGUAUGCAAACCUCUAGUUGAGGAGACAGGACCGGCUUCAUGUCCAGAUGGUGCAGCUGCCUGCCUCUUGGAGGGAUCUAAUUCCACAAAUCUUGGGGAACUUGUAGAAGGAUUAAGGUGGGAAAAGGAUGUCCUGGUCCUAAAGUAUACAAAUGGAGAUCUGUGUCCUGAUGGAAAAAGGAGGAAAACAACCACAUUACGUUUCAAAUGUGACGAAGAAAUUCUUGACAGCAGGCCUCAGUUCAUCACAGCUUUGGAGGAUUGUGAAUACACCUUCAUGUGGGUUACCGCCUUAGCAUGUCCUUUGAAGAUCACAUCACAUGACAAAUGCAGAGUGACAAACCCUGCCUCAGGUCACACCUUUGAUCUUUCUUCAUUGACUACUAAUGAUGGAUAUGUGAUUAAAGAUAGAAAGCGUUCUGUUCAGCUGAAUGUCUGCAGUGCAGUCAAAAGUUCUUGUGAUGCUGGAAUAGGUGUGUGCAUCACUGAAGGGGACAAGCACAUCAACGCUGGAAAGUCUCAGGAUAAAAUCACCUACGUGGAUCAGGUUUUGAAUCUAGUUUAUCAAGAUGGUGACCCAUGCAGUGCCAACCCCAAUCUGAAGCACAGAAGUGUUUUUAGCUUUGUGUGUGCAAUGGAUACCAAGCUAGGCAGUCAUCCAGUCCUUGUGUCAUUUGAUGACCAAACCUGCACAUGGUACUUUUCUUGGCGCACAUCUCUGGCGUGUGAACAGGAGGCAAAGUGCUCCGUGUGGAAUGGUACAUCUCUCAUUGAUCUAAGUCCUCUGAAUCACAUGGGUUAUUAUAAAACACAGAAGACUGGUGAUGGAGAAGACAAGUUUGAUUUCUAUGUCAGUAUAUGCCAACCUCUUAACCAAAUUGCGGGUGUGCAGUGCCCUCCAGGAGCAGCAGUAUGCAUGGAUCAUCAUAAAGGACAACCAGUUGAUGUGGGACAUGUAUCCAGCCCUCCUCAGUUUAACCCAGCCACUCAGAAUGUUCUAAUUACUCUUGAUAGUCCAACAGCAUGUGAUAUAAACCCACAGAUGAACUAUUCUUCCAUCAUCAUAUUUCAUUGUAAAGCAGGGACUGAUUUGGGAAAGCCGAAAAUUGUGGAAAUGGGUGCCUGUAACUUUGUAUUUGAGUGGGAAACCCCAGUAGUGUGCCCAGAUGAAGUGAUUAAUUCAGGGUGUACUUUAACAGACGAGCGCCUCAAGUACACGUUUAACUUGACCAGCCUUUCUGGGGUUGAUUACAGGGCUUCUGGUCCCAGCACCUAUUACAUUGGCAUAUGCUCAGCAGCACCAAACGUGCCAACUGGUAAAUGCAAUGGAGCUGUCUGCCUUACAUCAGCAAAUGAAGUCGUCUCUUUUGGCAGCGUAAAAACCAUGAAAAUGAACUAUCUGCAUCAAGAAAAGACUCUAGUACUGCAGUACAUUGGGGGAGACCCCUGCCCACCAGUGACUGAAAAAGGUGAGCUGUGUGUCCUUCCAUUUAAGUCCAAAGGAAAAACCUAUAAUACAUGCACCAGUGAGGAGCGUGGACGAGCAUGGUGUGCAACAACCUCUGAGUAUGACAAGGAUGGGAAAUGGGGCUAUUGUGUUAACUCAUCUGAAAGAAGACAAUCAACCAUCUUGUUUAAAUGUGAUGAAAGCUCUGGAAACGGGAGCCCUGUACUGUUAAGUGAAUCUUUGGGCUGUUCAGCUACCUUUGAAUGGAAGACUCAAGUUGUUUGUCUUCCAAGAAUGGUAGCAUGCAAGUUCACAGAUCAGCAAAACACCUAUGAUCUAAGGAUGCUCUCCUCCCUGACAGGUUCCUGGUCAUUUGUUCAUGAAGGCAGUUUUUACUACCUGAACCUUUGCCAGCGGGUGAAUCACGGUCCCCCUGGUUGCUCUGCAAGUGCCAGUGUGUGCCGAAAAAGCCAACAUGGAGAUGUUAAGGUCCUGGGACAAGUUCACACACAGACAUUCCGUGUAGAAGGUAACACUGUUUUCGUGAGAUAUUCAAAUGGAGAUCAGUGUAAAGGUGGCAAAAAUCUUUCUACCACUUUGGAACUAAAAUGUUCACAUACAGUCGGCAUACCAACCCUCCAAAGAUUUGAUGAAGACGCUUGUGAGUAUCACAUUCUGUGGCAAACAAGAGCAGCCUGUGCCAUAACCCCAAAGAAAGUGGAGAUGGUAAAUGGCAUAAUUCAUGUAAAAGAUGGAAUAAAUGUUAACCUUACCAACAUUUAUUUCAAAUCAUAUAAUGCUACAGGCGAUGUACUUCGGAAUGAAGCUAAUGAUCAGUAUGUGUACGAAAUUAAACUUUCUGGGACAGGAAACUCACCUCAACAGACAUGCAAUGGAGCCAGUGUGUGCCAGAUAAAAACCAAUGGCAACUUCGCCAGGGCAGUGGGUUCUUCAGAAACGGUAAAAUACUACCUUAAUGAUGAUGACUUGGAUGUUGUAUUCACUUCAAAAUCAAAGUGCGGUAAAGAUAAGUCAAAGAACGCAACCUCCACCAUUAUCUUCCAUUGCAGCUUAAUGGUGGGAGAGGGAAAUCCAGAAUUCUUUCAUGAAACAACAGAUUGCCAAUACAUCUUCACCUGGUACACAUCGGCAGUCUGUCCUUUGGUACCACAAGGUGUAGACACUGUUAACAGCCCUGAAGACACAGAUACAAAUUUCCAGGGUCUUUCUGGGAGAAGCCAAGCUGUAGGUGCCAUAUUGAGUGUACUACUGGUGAUCCUUAUUGCUUGUUUGGUCGUGUUGCUGCUUCACAAGAAGGAACGAAGGGACACUAUAAUGUACAAGAUAUCCAGCUGCUGCAGGAGAAGUUCAAAUGUAUCUUACAAAUACAGCAAGAUCAAUACAGAAGAUGAUGCAGAUGAAAAUGAAACUGAUUGGCUCAUGGAAGAAGUGUCCUCUAACCACACAAAACCCCAUCAUGAGAAUGGGCACGUCAGAUGUACUAAACCUGGAGCCUUUACUUCGCUGCACAUUGAUGAUCUGGACAGUGAAGAUGAAGUUUUGACAGUACCAGAAGUCAGAGUUAAUUCUACAAGGAGCAAAGAGAAGAAUUCUAACAGGCCAAAUAACCAGUACCGUUCUGGUAGUGAUGAGAACUUGAUAGGGGUGUUAAAUGGAAUGAAAGACAAGAAAGGAAAAACCCGGUCCAGCCAAAGUGUAAAAGGGGAUGGCAUGAAUGUAGCUUCUUUUCAUGAUGACAGUGAUGAGGACCUGCUUAACAUCUAGAGACAUUGGUUACCUUUCCUUUAUUCCUUUGUGCCUAAAAAAUAAAAAAAAAUGUUUGAAUGGACAAAGCUACCGCAACCAAAAAUAUGUAACUAAACAUGAGUUUUCCUGCGGGAGAUGGGGUUUGUAUUUUAUGUGUUUAUUUUAUUUUGCUUACUUUUGACUUUAUUGGAAAGAAAAAUAUUAUUAAAGAAAGGGAAAAGGCCUUCAAUUUACCAUGAUGAAUAGUGGCUUAAAUUCCCUUGCACAGCUCAUUGUUUUUUUUUUCUUAAGAUUCUUGAAAUGAUCAGCUUGAAAGAUUUUGGACAAUUCAGUAAUCUGUGGAGAACCCGAUGGCCAUAUGUUGCUGUAUGUUUCUUACCUUAUCAUGAGAGCUGGCGUCUUCUUGUAUCAUUGACUGUACCUUCUAAUUCUAAAAAACAGAAUCAAGUUUUUUGAAUUCUUUGCUAGGAGUGACACAACAAUCAAUUUAACUACUGGGAUUUUUCAAAUUCCUCUUUAUUUAUUCACUUGAAGUACACACAACUCAGGUUGGCUGAAUAAACAGCAGCAAGUUCUUCCUGCCGGCAGGGUCUUCUUCAAAAAUCAUAUUAAUUGUAUGGGACUGAUCCAAGAAUCCAAAGUAAAUGCACUCUUCUUGUACAACUGGUACUUGAGCUUGAGUCAGGCCUGUAAUUUAAGCUUGCAUUGUUUGAUAAUAAUGACCUUUUGUUAGCAUUUGAAGCAUUACAUGAAAAAUUAACAUUUGCUACGAAAAUAUGUCUGUGUGUGUAUAUAUGUAUACAUAUAUGUAUGUAUUGUAUGUGUAUAUAUAGUCUGGAAUCUGCUGCUUUGUGCACAACAUCAAACUGUAAAAGAAAGGUAUUGAAAUGCAUAUGUAUUGGAAAAUAUGUUUAAAAACU